AUGGGAUUCUUGAAUGGAUCCAGAGCAGUAUCAUUCAAUCAACUAGUAAAAAUGAUCAAGGGUAUAUCUAGAAGGAAGGAUUCCACAAUUUGGAAUAAAGAAAACCCGAAAAUAAUCUCCAAAAUCGCAGAACUGGUGCCAUCAAUGACGUAUUUGAUGAAAGAACACCCUCAGCACAUCCCAGUAAUACUCUAUCAUCUAUCUGGACUAACGACAAAACUACAGAAUAACCAAGUUCAGAAAUGUGUAAAUCGGUUUCCAGAAAAAACUGAUUCCUAUAGCUGUAAAAAAUGUAAAGGACUCUGUAAUGAAGUUUAUGGGAAUUUUGUUCCUCAAAUUACGGAAAACUUGCCAAAAAUUGGCCCAAAGGGACUUUCUCACCUACUAUCAGUUUAUUCCAGUUGCAGGAAUCCUAAAAUUUCAACAGUUGUUCCCGAAUUGCUUCUGAGAAUGUCUUAUUUUAUCUACUCCUCUAUCAAAUCACAAACAAGUCUUGGUGAUUUAGAUGAAAUUGAUGGUUUAUUGACUGACUUUUCAGGUUUGUUUAAGUUUAAAGCUUUAAGUGAUUUGUCGGAAGAUGAUUAUUUGAACGAUUUUAUAAGAUUAAUUGACUCUCCAUGUAUUGAUCCCGACUCAAGAGAUUCGUUAGUUAAGCAGUCUAAAUACUAUUUACCUGUAAAUUUAAUGGAUGUUUGUACCACGUUGGAGUCUUUAAACUCAGGUACAUUAAAUUAUUCGCUUCAUAAUUUUAAGGGAUUUGAAAACCCACUAAAGGAUCUAGUUCUUGAACUAUCAUUUAGGUUUUUGUAUCACUCUAGAUUUACAAACUUAAGCAAGGGUUGUUCUGGAAUAAGACUAGAAGAAAACACUGAAUUGGAUACAAUUUGUAGAUUAAUAGGGCAGUUUAAGAAUUUAGGAUAUAGAAGUGAAAAUAUAGUUCCUGUUUUAGUUGAACUUUUAACUAAUAAGCUUGAGUAUUUGCAGUUCAGAGACCUUGGUACACUACUAGAUGCACUAUCAUUCUAUUCAAAAGUGUAUAAUUUAGGGCCUGAAGCAGUUGAUUUUAGCAAAAUCGCUUCUCAAGUUAAUGAACUGGUUUUGUCAGAUAAAUAUUUUACAAUUAGGUCACUGUCAACUUUCAUUAACGCCAUUUCUAAGAUUAAUGAAAACUGUGGAAUGAAUUUGGAAGACUAUAGGAAUUUUUUAAAAAUUCUAAACCUCGGUUUCAAAACAUAUGUUUCAAAUUGGCCUGAAACUCUCAACAAAUCAGAAUCGCUUUCCUCAAUUGCAAUUUUCACAAAGAAUGUGAAUGAUUAUGAGACCUUGAAUUUGGUCAGUGAGGUUCUCUUGAAGGGAUUUAUCCCAUUCAAUAAAACGGGAUUAUAUGAUUUUAAUGUAAUUUUGGAGGUUUUAAUUAGAGAAGUUAAAAACUUUAGUUUUUACCAAAAAAUUAACCAAGACUCGUAUGAUUUUAAUCAAGAUGCUUUCGGUGGAUUUGGCACUGAAUAUUCCAAAAUUUUUAAAGCUUCUGGCCAACUGAACACGACUAAAGUUUUUAGUGCAAUUUGUUUAGUUAUAACAAAAUGUAGCUUUCACUUUUGUACCAUAUUGUCAGAAAACCAAAGUCUUUUUAGGACAGAUUUAAGAGAACUUUGCUACUUCUGCAGAAUAUUAUCUAAAUUCUGUAAGUUAGAGCUAAUAGAAAAUGAGUUUCUGAGCGACUGUCUCAAUUCUAUUUCUAAGUUUGCAACCCAUUUGGAGGCUUUUUUCACAAGGAAUCAUAAAGACCUCUCGGAUCUUGACCAUGAUAAUAUUUCUGAGUUUUUAUCAGAAUACCACAACUUAAUUCACUAA